AUACGAUGCUCUAGUCUUGAUGUACAAUAGGAAUAUCAAUUAGGAAUACGAUGCGAUACCUAACUACUAUUAAUAUCAAAUGCCUAACUAGUAGCAACAAGUAAGUAGUACCAAAUGGGUAUGCCUAACUAGAACCAAAUGAUGGGUGCUCGCAUCUUUUAUUAGAGUAAAUUUCGCUAUAUUUUAAUAAAAUUUAAUACAGAUUAUUGUAAAACUACAAAUAUAUUAGCCAUAAAUUUAUCACAAAAUUACAUGUUUAAUACCAAUUUAAUCACAAAGCCUAAAUAAUUAUAACCCCAUAAUAUGUAAUCAGUGAUAACUUUAUUAUUAAAUCUAUAAUUUUGUGAUACUUAAGUUUUAAACCUCAUUUCUUAAUAAACUUAGUGUUAAAUCUUGAAUCUAUAAUUUUCCAAUAAUAAUUUGAUAAAAGUAUUUCUUUUGUCAAAUUUACUAUUUCCCCCCUUAGUUUUGGUGCCGAGCCUCCGCUACGCUUGGGCCGUUGGGCCUAUACAUGGAGACGGGCCCAUAUGCCUGGAUGAGGCCCAACACACAAGGCCUGACCAGGCCUGGCCGUCAUCUUCUUCUUCUCCGAUCUCCUCCUCCUCCUCCUGCGUGGCUGCGUCUCGCCUGGGACAAGAAGAAGAAGAAGAAGAAGAAUCGGAGGAAGAAGGGGGCAAGCUAGGAUGCUGCGGAAGGGAGAGGCGCCGGGGCACCAAACCCCACCCCACCUGCACAAGGACGACGGCGACGACGACGACGACGCACCGUCCGGCUUCGUCAAGCUCAUCAGCGCCGAGGGCUUCGAGUUCGUCGUCGACAAGAAGGCCGCCAUGGUCUCCAACACGCUCCGCAACAUGCUCACCUCCCCCGGCGGCUUCUCCGAGACGCGCGAGGGCGAGGUUAGGUUCCCCGAGAUCAGCACCCCCAUCCUCGAGAAGAUCUGCCAGUACUUCUACUGGUCGCUCCACUACUCCAGUGGGAAGGAGACAUCUGAGUUUCAAAUUGAACCGGAGAUAACUCUGGAGCUGAUGAUGGCUGCAAACUAUCUGGACACCUGAUGAGAUGAGGUGGAAGUGUUUUAGCAGGUUUUUUUUGUUGUUGAUAAGGAAGCAAUCCCUUGGUGUGCAUCCCCAUUUGAGUGAUGUAAACAUUAGAGGAUUGUAACUGUUGUGUUGUGUUGUAAUAUGAUUAUGUGGGUGCUUAUGGAGGUAUCCCUGAGACUUUGGAUGGCAAAGGCCUUUUGUGUGCACAAACGGGUUUGUUACAUUACAGGAAUGGACAUUCAAGUUGGGGGCCGGCUUGGUA